AGGGUAAUGUCAUCAUCCAUCCUCGACACUGCAAGGUGAACGGAGAAGCUUCAAGAGCCGCUGAAUGUUCUCUUCACACUUGCUCCAGACUUCGAUUGUGCUUGCUAGUGCGUAUCAGUUGUGGGUUCUUUUGUAAUCCAAUUCAGGAUUAACAUCAAUUUGCUGUAAGAGAGCACGAAGAAGCUUAGGGUUGUUAUUUCAGUUUCAUGAAGUUGCUUCACCUUCCAGUAGGUGCGGUGUUCCUUGAGGAAAUAAUUUGGCGAUGAGGAGGGUUAACGCUCUUUCUCGGGCACUUUCGUUCGCUCGAAUCCACACUCCUCCAGCUGCAAGCUCGCAUUGCACGUCGUCUCCCGCAGUAGAAUGCUUGAGUGCAUCUUCAUUGGGGAGAAUACCAUCGGAUGGCAGUACCAACGUGCCUGCUUUGAGGGAGUGGAUGCAAUGCAUGUUCAGGGCUCUCUUCACCCAGGGUUUUCAAGUCACGCCGAAAGAUAUCCGAUCAAAUCUUGCUAUGGGGGUAGGCCUACUUCUGGGUGUAACUGUGGCAACUCAACAAGCUUUGGCUGAAAAAGCUUCUACUGAUAGAAAUGUAACUGGAGCAGCAGAAGGAGAUCAUUUGCCUUCAGAGGUUGCGCUGGACACUGAGAAGGUGGUGCAGCAAGUGCGCUCUGGAAUGGAUGAACGCCUUGCAGCUCUCAAGCUCCUCAAUUAUGUCCUCCCUCCUCUGACCAUAGCUGCCAAAGGUCAGCAGGUCUCAGUCCGAUUUCCUGUCUCUCCCUCGUGUGAUAUUUCACAUUUACUUGUGGAUGUGGUGGCUCGGCUUGGCGGACCAAUAAAUGAUGGCGGCAUUGGUGGCAACGAAGUGGUUGUGAGAGCCUGGGACAGUGCUGUUGCCCGGCAGCUCUUAAUAUCAGCCAGAGACUCUCAAGUUCAAGACAUCAACGGGCUUCCAAAGGACUCCAGUGCAGAUCAUCCUGUGGAUAGAACAUCCAAGGGAUCUGAUCCAGAGACCAGCCGGCUUUGUGUCUUGGUGUUCGAGCCCCUGAUAGGUGAUUAUAAAUCCUCCGAAAUAGAAUUUCUGAAGAAAGGGUACCUUUCCAGAGAGGAGCUUGACGCCAUUGUUAGCUCAUUGAGCAUUGCCAGUGGCUUUGAUCCUAACGACAGUCGAAAAGCACCCAAGCGGACAAAGGAGGGGAACACAGUAGAAGGCAUACCUGAGGGCCCAGGAGAACUUGACAGCGGAAAUCUGGAUGAGUGGCCGCCUGGCAGCCGGUGGAAGUACCGAGGAGGCGUGCCUCCUGGAGAAUCUCCACCGAAGGAGCGUUCAGGCUCCAACAGGGUGCCUGCGAGAGGGAAAUCGAAGACACUGGAAGGUUUAGAAGCUAUGGGGGUGAAGAUAUAUGGAAGUGAGAAUAUAGAAGGUGCUUUGGAGGGUGAACAUAUUUCCUGGGACAACAUUGCUGGUUACUACGAGCAGAAAAGGGAGAUCGAAGAUAUGGUACUGUUGGCCUUGAAGCGACCGGAGGUUUAUGACAAUAUAGCUCGUGGAACGCGGCGGAAAUUUGAGACAAAUCGACCUAGAGCUAUUCUUUUCGAAGGUCCUCCAGGUACGGGAAAGACUUCUUGUGCCAGAGUGAUUGCAAGCCAAUCAGGCGUCCCUUUGCUCUAUGUUCCUUUGGAAGUUGUGAUGUCCAAGUAUUAUGGUGAAAGUGAGCGGCUUCUCGCUUCCGUUUUCAGUGCUGGGAAUGAGCUGCCGGAAGGUGCAAUAGUCUUUUUGGACGAGAUUGACUCUUUGGCCACCACUCGUGAUAGUGAAAUGCAUGAAGCUACCCGCAGGAUGCUCUCCGUUCUGUUGAGACAAAUGGAUGGUUUUGAGCAAGACAAGAGGGUUAUUGUAAUAGCUGCCACCAAUCGGAAACAAGACUUGGACCCUGCACUACUUAGCCGUUUUGAUACAUCUGUGGCAUUCAAUUUACCUGAUGAAAAUACCCGAGAAGAGAUAGCAUCCCAAUAUGCCCGUCACCUAUCUUCCCCGGAUCUCAAGAAUCUGGCUUCUGUGUGUGAUGGCAUGUCUGGCCGUGACAUUCAUGAUGUGUGCCAGCAUGCGGAGCGGCGAUGGGCAUCGAAGCUCAUCAGGGGUCAGGCAGGUAACGGACCUGCACAAGGCCUCCCUCCCAUUCAAGAAUAUAUUGAAUGUGCGGAACAGCGGCGGCAGACCAUUGUCAGAUAUGCUCACAGUAAUAGCGAUUUCUUCCGAUUGGGCCAACUCGCACAAUCUCCCUCGCCAAAAUCCUCUCGUCACCGAACUCUAGGCUAGUUCUGUGGAAUCCAGCAACAAUUUUUUGAUCUGUACUACUUAGGGAAAAGGAUGCACUUUGCAGGUUAUAGCAAAGCUUAUUUGCUACAGAAUUUUUUGACUGGUGUUGUAUUUACAUGGAGCCUUCUUUUAGAUGUAACCAGCAAACUAAAUGCAUUUGUAUGUGUUCACCAGUGCAGUUUUAGUUGUUGACCUACAAAUUACCUUGUGGUGAUUACAUGGUCUUUGUUGUCCCAUGAUCUCA